AGCUUCUAUUUCGUUCAUUCAAAUAUCAGCCGAUGAGGAAAACGUAAACACGUAUCGCAGAAGUUUUAUUUUCUUUUUACAUAAAAAACUGUGAAUUAUAAACUUCUGCCAUGGCUGAAGCAAGUGAAAACGUCUUCCUGUUUGUACCAAACAUUAUCGGUUUCGGUCGCGUCAUCCUCGCUAUAAUCUCCUUCUAUUUCAUGCCUACUCACUGCAACAUUGCCGUUACUUGCUACAUUACCUCGGCUCUACUAGAUGCAUUCGAUGGCCAUGCAGCCAGAUACUUCAAUCAAAGCACCAAGUUUGGUGCAAUGCUGGACCAGCUGACGGACCGAGCAGGCACCGCGGGGCUCAUGAUGACGCUGGCCACAUUCUACCCGCAGUACACAUUCUGGUUCCAACUGUCCAUGGCCAUCGACAUCACCUGCCACUGGCUGUACCUCCACACCACCAUCCUGCAGGGGAAGAAGUCUCACAAGUUUAUAGACAUGUCGGAGAAUCCCAUCAUGAGUGUGUACUACACUAACAAGACGGUCCUGUUCUUUAUGUGCGCCGGCAACGAGGCCUUCUAUGCUGCUCUCUACAUGCUGUACUUCUAUCCGACUACUCCUGCUAUCCUGGGCAUCAGCCUGUACAAGCUCAUCAUGUGGGUGUCUCUCCCGGUGGCAGUGGUGAAGGCGGGCCUGUCCGUGCUGCACGGUGUGGUGGCUUCGCUGAACCUCGCCACCAUCGACGUGAAGGAACGCGCCGAGCUCCGAGAGAAGCAGGAGAAGUAAACAUAAAGAGGAUGGCGAGAGAAGGGUUGAAAACUGAAUUUCGAUAAAUUUGUUAUACAACCGACGGCCGAAUAGCGUAGUGGUUAGUGACCCUGACUACUGAGCCGUAGGUCCCGGGUUAGAUUCCCGGCUGGGGCAAAUAUUUGUUUAAACACAGAUAUACAUAUA